AUGCUGCUGCUGCCCACGCAGCGACCCAGCCUGCGGCAGCUGAUCGAGGCCGGCUCCGAGUACGGCCUGUUGCUGCAGGCCAUCGCAAUCCUGGGUGGUGUUCUGCCGGCAGCACGACGGAUGGCGAUCCUGGUGCUCGGCGCCGUGUCGUGGCUGACGCUUCUGACGUUCGUCGCAGGAGGGAUUGUCCUUCUGUGCAUACGGCGGGUGUACAAGUUUCAAACACUCCAGAGACUGGGACACAAAGUGCCACCAUUCAGCUUCUUCCACGGACAUACUGCCCAACUGCUAGGUCCCACCGGUUGGUCGGAAUUUCAACGUCUGUUCGAUGAAUACGGAGUGCAGCAUGGAAGCCGGGGCAAGACGAUGGUGCUGUACAUCGGCACGAAGCCCACCUUUUGCACCACAGACCCAGACCUGGUGCACGAGGUGUUCAUCAAGCGAAUUGACACGUUCCCAGACCGGCAGGACAAUAAAAGCCCUUUACUCACAAUCCCUGACCACAACCUGCUUACGCUGAGGGGCGAGCGCUGGAAGCACGUCCGCCGCGUGCUCAACCCGGCCUUUACUACCAACAAGCUGAAGGGAAUGUCGCCGGCUAUAAACAGGUCCAUCCAAACAUUUCUAGACGUACUGGAGAGCAACAGACUCAAAGGCCAGCCGACCGACGUAUACGAUGCCUUCCGCCGCCUGACGAUGGAAGUGAUCGGCAAGUGCGCUCUGGCCAUGGACGUGCACUGCCAGACGGACCAGCACGACCCGCUGAUGGUCAUGGUGACGACACUUCUCGACUCCGUACCGCUGAUGUACAUCCUGCGCGGCCUCCAGCCGCUGACGCGCCUGCUGCUGCCCUUGCUACGCACCUUCGGUCCGACCUCUCGCAUAUACCACACGGAACAGCAGCUGCAGCGCUGGCUCCGCGGCGUCAUCCAGCACCGCCUACGGAGCGAUGCGACGGUCGCCGACGCCCUGCAGCUACUCCUGGAAUCGCAGCGUGCCGACAGCGGCCGCCAAGCAAUCACGGAAGAAGAGCUGCUCUCAAACGCGUUCGUUUUCGUCGCGGCCGGUUAUGAGACGACGAGUACGGCGUUAGCCUUCACGUCUUACCUGUUGGCGCGUCACCAGGCCGUGCAGAGUCGCCUGUACGACGAGAUCGUGGCUAAAGUGCCGGCCAGCGACGGGCUCGACUACGAAACUGUUUCUGGCCUGCCCUACCUGGAUAUGGUGAUUCAGGAGUCACUGCGUCUCUACCCGCCCGUCCCGGGACUGUUCGGCCGACAGGUGAGCGCCGCGACGGAAGUACAGGGGAUACACAUGCCCCGUAACACCUUCGUGGCCGCGGUACCAAUCUGCAUGCACUACGACCCGGAUCUGUGGCGCGACCCGGAACGCUUCGACCCGGAGCGAUUCAGCGCCGAAAACAAGCCGCAUAUCGCGCCCUGCAGCUACAUGCCGUUCGGCGCCGGGCCGCGCCACUGCAUCGGCAAGCGGUUCGCCCUGAUGGAGAUCAAGCUGGCGCUGUGUCACAUGCUGCACCGGUACCGUCUGCUGCCGACCAGCGAGCCGCUGGUGGCAGCCAUUGUGCCGCCGUCUCUUGCGCCCGCCUCCGGCCAGAUCAACUUGCGGGUCGAACUGCGAGGGCCGCAGGGUGAUUAGGCCGCGGGAGAUGUAUGGGUGGAAUGAUGAAGGAAGGUGGUAGAACGAGAAGUAAAAUCUGCGGGGAGGAAGGGAUGUGGAGUGUUGAUGGGGCGGUGAGAAAGUGGUGAAAGAUGUCAGGGCGGACAGGAGGGAGGUGUGGAGGGGGAGGGAGAAAGAAGUAAGCGGUAGUGAUGAAUAAGGGAAGGGGUUGAUGGGAGAGUGUGUGCAUGAAUUUCGUUGAGGGAGGGAUGACGAAGAGAAA